CUCUACAGCUGAUUGGACGUGUCUCUCUUGCCCUCCCCAGGGUAUCGUGGGACAGCGAGGGAGAAGUACACAUCCUCAGCCCCGGCGCCAGUGAUGUGGGAAUCUACAGAUGCACCGCCACCAACGACUUGGGCUCUGAUUCAGAGACAACACUAGUUCUGCUGGCUGAAACUCCCACGAUCGCUGCCUCGCGGAGAAACACGUCAGAUUUGAAGAGCAGCAGUCUGAAGGUGGUGGUUGGAGGGGUUAUCAGUGUCCGUUUGGGUGCCAACCUCACCCUCGAGUGCCCCGUCAAAGGUGUCCCGCGGCCAACGCUGAGCUGGCACCGCAAGGAGGGUCCACUGGGCGCCAGCGCUAGUCCUCUCCCGGACGGAUCUCUGCUCCUGAGAAACCUCACACCACCAGACUACGGCACCUACUCCUGCGUGGCUGCCAACAGCAUUGGAAAGUCGGUGGCCUCCAGCCUGCUGCGUGUGGCGGGAGGAGCUGUGGGUGAAUCUGAGCACCAGGUUUCAAAGGAGAUGAAUAGGAAGAGGGUUCUGAUGGCCUCUGUGAUUGGCACCAGCAUCACGGUCAAACCUGGAGAUACCUUGAGGAUAGGUUGCCCGGUGGUCCCCAGUCACAGGAUGCCCAUCAAGUGGUCUUAUCAGAACCAGACCCUAAAGCAGAGUCCAGGCGUGAGCUACCGCAUGCUGGUGGGGGGACGAGCUCUGGAGAUGAACACGCACGGAGGGACGUUUGACGGACGCUAUGAGUGCCAAACACAAACCAACAACCAGCAGCGUCUCACAGCUUGGAUUCAUGUGUUUUCACAAGAGUUUGAGUGGCGUUUGGGUGAGUGGAGCACAUGCAGCACUUCCUGUGGCAACAGAGGGACUCAGAUGAGAAAGGUACAAUGUUUGACGUCAGAGGGCCAAGAGAUGCCUCAUUCAGUCUGUCAUCUUCUUCCCAAACCGAUCAGUCAACCACGGCCGUGCAACCUUCUGGACUGUGCUCCCAGUUGGGUGUCAACAGUGUGGUCCAGAUGCUCCAGUUCCUGUGGGCGGGGCUUCAGAGAGAGGCGGGUCUCCUGUCAGCAGGUGGCGGCCUCGGGGAGCAUGAGGGGUUUGUCCAGCUCAGCGUGUGAAGGAUCUCGUCGGCCUGAAGACAGGGAAGAGUGCAGCUCACACGCGUGUGUGGAGUGGCUCACCGGCUCCUGGGGCAAGUGCACAGGUCGAUGUCUGGGGCCUGCGGUGGCCGCGCAGAGCAGAAGCGUCUCGUGCAGACACUUCAGCAACUCCACUUCCAAAACCUGCGACCCAAAAGAAAGGCCGUCAUCCGUGAGGAACUGCUCGUCUGAGAUGUGUGAUGUGCACUGGAAGGUGUUCCCGUGGAGGACGUGUACAGCGGCAUGUGGCAGCGGCUUCCAGUCCCGUCGAGUGGAAUGCAUCCAUCAGCAGAACAAGAAAACCCUCCCCGACCAGCACUGCGCCUGGCAACGGCGGCCUUCUACCUGGCAACACUGCAACAUCACUUCCUGUGGCAGUGAGUGUAAGGACAGAACCCACUACUGUCCUGUGGUCAAACGCCUCAAGCUUUGCACCGUGGAUCUGUACCGGCAACGCUGUUGCCAGACCUGCUCACAGGACACCAGCGCCACCUAGUGACCCAAACCAACAGACACCCUUUUCAGUCACCGCCCUGAUUGUCUCUCGUAACACAGCCAGCAUAUUAUUCAAUCUUACAAACAAAAAGGACACCUGGAGUGUAUGGACUAAAAUAUAUCUGGACUACACUUUCACUGGAUGCUUUCCCACAAUCAUCAGAAGUCCAAAGAGAAAAUCACUUGAUGAGAUUUGAAACUUCUCUCUUCACCAGCUUUCUCUGCAGAUCUCAUUUGAUCUUGCCCUGAAAGUGAUAUUAUAUGUGUAUUAAUUUAAGAUUUUUACUUGUGAAUAUGAGAGGACAAAUCUUAUCGGACCAUUCACCAACGUGAAGGAAAUAUAAAGGCCUCUUGGGUGUACAUGAUGCACUGAUACUAAUAAUAUCAGUAGUACACAGCUUGGAGUAUUAAGAGUAUUUUUUUUUUUAAGUCAGAGUCCUACCUUGAAGUCAACAUGAAAUGCUGUCACAACCCAUUUUACUUCUCUAAUCUGAUCAGAGGCAGACAGGACAUUCAACAAGAACAAUGUGGGGCGGGGCUUAUUGUAUUUAUAAGGAUUUGAUUGGCUCGUAAAUGGAAUCAGGUGGUCAGAGGGGAGGAGUUAGAGGAGUAAGAAGGAUUUGUGAUGCCAGCCGAAAAGAGAAAUCGUUUCAGAGGGAAGCAAGUUUUAUGGAAGUUUAUUUCCACCACUGAAUGAAA